GCUCUCAGCUCGCCGUCUCCCCCUCACCUUGUGCGCUCCGCACCGAGCAGCGACCAGCAAGAAUUCUCAGAGAGACCAAGGCAAGGCAGCGAGAGAAAGAGAGAGUGAGCGGCAGAGCGUUCUACAUGGGCGGCGGCGGCAUGGUGUUCGAGCCCCACGCCGGCGCGGCCGUCGGUGGCGGCGACGUCGUGUUCUGCGUCGCCAUCGCGCUCCUGUCGCUCCUCUCCAUGAUCAUCUUCGCGGCGGCCGCCGGGGGCGAAGGGAAGCCGCGGCGAAGUGGGCGCGCCAGCGGGCCGGUGUUCGUCGGCGGGAAGGGCUGCGGCUGCGGCGGGUGCCGCGCGGGCGCCGGCGUCUGCGGCACCUACCUCUCCUGAAUCCUGAUCGACCACGCGCACGAGCAGAGAGCAUCGGCGCCGCGGCCUCGGCGACCGGCAAACCCAGGCUCGCCGGCGUGCACGCGCUGUACAUACACACGGCACUGCUCUAAACUUUCCUCUUUUUUCCCCCUUCUGACUUUCUUUUCUGAGGACUGUCCUGCUUGGAUAUCAUCGAUCAGUGUUGCUCCUAAUAAACACCAUGCUGUAAUUAUAAUUUCAUAAUCUAAAAAGAGAUGGAACGCUUUCUCUUGAAGAUUAUAUAUCU